AUGUCUGCUGCACAAAAUAAUCAUGGUAUCGGAACAAGUACCGAGAUAACCGAAAAAGACGUAUUUAAAUGGUUGUGUGCUUCUGCUAUAGGAGCAAAUAUCAACGCAACAUAUCACUUAGCCCAAUGCUUUCGAUUGGGCAUAGGAACGGAAAAAAAUAAUAGAUUAGCUUUUCAAUGGUACAUGCAUUCUGCAGAAUGUGGACAUGUAGAUGCUCAAUGGAUGUUAGGACAAUAUUACGAAACCGGUACGGAAACUCCUAAAAACAAAGAAAAAGCGAUGGAAUGGUAUUUUAAAUCUGCAAACAGUGGAAAUGCAAAUGCACAAUAUAGAAUGGGAUUAUACUUUCAUUUUAAUAAAGAUGAAAAGAAGGCAUUUAAAUGGUAUCUUCUUGCUGCAAAGCAAGGAAUCCAUGGUGCGCAAUGUUCUUUGGGAAAUUGCUACCAAACCGGAAUGGGAGUAGAUAAAAAUGAAAAUUCUUCAUUUAGAUGGUACUUGAAAUCUGCUGAAGGAGGAUAUGCUGAGGCAUAUCAUCAUGUCACGGAAUGUUACUAUUAUGGUAAAGGUGUAAAUCAAGACAUAAACCAAGCAAUAAUUUGGCAUUCAAAAUCUACCCAAGGAGAAAACGUUAUGUUCACCUUUAAUUAG